ACGUGGUUUUGAUAACCGAACGCGAAAUUUUCAUUCAUAGUACCGUCCAUUUCCUGUAAAAGUUGUCCGCGCUGGCAACUCGAAAAAGAUUAUUUGUUAUUCAAACCGCGUCGCACACUGAAAGUCCCUAUACUCACGUGUGGCUGACCAGAGACUUUACAGAAAGAAAUCAGAGAGCGAUUCGUUGUUAGCAAGUCAUUUCAGACUAUUAGCGAAAUGACUAACUACGAAUGCAGGAACUGGUACUGCAAUUCAUUGUCUGAGGAAGUUUACCAAGUCCGUUUCAGUAUCUAAAAAGCCUCUGAGUGUGAACUUUCAGUGUGCGACGCAGUUUGCAUAGUAAACAAAUACUCUGUUUUCGAGUUGCGCACGGUGUAAUAACUGACUGAAAUGGCUAACUGAGAAUGCAGGAGCUGCUAAUGCAAUGCGUUCUAUGAGGAAGUUUAACAACUCCAUUUUCUGUCUAAAAAGCGUCUGAUCAGCCACCCGUGAAUGUGACCUUUCAGUUCGCGACAAAGUUUGAAUAACAAUACUCUGUUUUCGAGCUACGGACGGUACAUGACAGACUGGAAUCACUCACUGAGAACUUAUUGCAGUAACUGCUCACGUAAUGCAGUGGAUGAGGAAGUUUAACAAGUCCAAUUUCUAACCAAGUGGCAGUGGUUGUGUAAUUUCAGUUGGCUUCGCUGUCAUACACAGCGAAGACUAGCUACGGAUUCGAGUUUGGACGGUCUGGAGUAUUCUUUGACACAGAUAUAAGAUGGCCGUUGGGAUGUCAAUGAGGUCGUUCGAUCUCUUAAUAGCUUUUUCUUUUGUGGUGACGGUUCCGAUUUGCCAAGUUGAGGCUGCUACGUGUAUGGCAGACAUAUCAAAGAACACAAACACGGGACAGUCUUUCGCCACUGUUAUUCUGCCUGCGGAUUCCCAAAACUUUUCGUGUAACAUUACUGGUACCAAUAACUUUCCGGUGGGAGAGAAUGUCGUGUCUUGCCACAAUGAAACAGAUAACACAAACUGUACAUUCACUGUUCUUGUAACAGACAACGAGAAACCCUCGAUUAUGUGUCCCAGUAAUAGAACUCGACCACUGAGUGCUGGUGAGCCUGCUGUGUCGAGUUGGAAUAGGUUGGAAAUAGUGAUCAACGACAAUGUUGGUGUCAACAACGAACCCAGUUGCACCCCAACGAGCGGCUCAGCGUUCACGCUUGGCGCGACUCCGGUAACGUGCAUGGUGGACGAUGUGUCUGGCAACGUAAAUUCUUGCACGUUCUUUGUUACCGUCAAAGACGAUGUGCUACCAACAAUUUCAUGCCCAUCUGAUAUACGCGACAGUACCAAUCCUGGAGAACUAACGCACGUGGUCAACUUGCAAAUCAAUUCGAAUGAUAACGUGCAAAUUUCAAGCUCAAGGUGCGACCCAAUGAGCGGCACCGCCUUCCAGAUAGGCCCCACUGACGUGGCCUGCACUGCUACAGAUACUUCAGGAAACACGAGGCAGUGCUCGUUUCGAGUGACCAUUGCCGACGGAAACCCCCCGUAUUUCACCUCCUGCCCCAAGGGGCCAAUACUCAAGGUUAUCAACGUCGACAGUGUACGGUGGGAGCUACAGGCCCUCUCGGCUCAAGUCACCUGGAAUGAACCCACAGCCAGGAACAUCGACGGCGUUGGUACGCAGGUGCUGACGUCCUCCCACCAGUCCGGGGAUGAGUUUCCCCUGGGAGAGACGGAGGUGACUUAUAAUGCAACUGACGAGGCUGGUAAUACAAAUAGCACUGGAUGUUCCUUCUCCGUUGUGGUGUUAUUCCAACCCCCAUUGAAAGUGUCUGUUACCGGAGAUUUUAGUGAGCGGAAUUACCAAACCUGCUUUGAUGUUACUUGGACAAGGCCACUAAACCAAACAGUUCAGGAGUACACUAUAUCGUGGAAAGCAAGCCAGGGUGAAUCUGAAACCCAUAGCGUUACUGUGCAAGGUGAAGACAGCACCUACAACACCAAACAAAUCUGCGAACGGUUUUUUCCUGGUGAGCUGUACACGAUUACAGUUGAAACCAAGAGCGGCAAUACGCUUGGUACAACGCAACAGUGGACAGAACCGGAUAGUCCAGAUGGAGAGUUGAAACUGAUUCCAGGCACCAGGUCCACCUCCUCCUUCGAAUUGUCGUGGCCACGAGUGACCUUACAGAACGUGCAACAGUACAGGGUACAGCUAACAGGCGCUGAGGGGUACCAGUACCGGUAUGUUACCAACGGGACGAACAGGAUGACUGUGGGCGGUCUCAUGCCGGGCGUUUCCCACCUCAUUCUGGUGAAUGCUGUUGUAGGGUCGGGAGACAUGCGCCUGUUCGGUGAUGGUAUUUCAAAGGAUUUUGCGACAGCUUCUUUGGAGGAGUCGAAACUCUAUACAAGAAGCUCUGAGUCAACUAUUGAAAUCACGUGGAUAGCAACGUCUGAUACCAAGAAUGACAAUGAACCGUACAUGCUAUACAUCGAACCGGAGGAUGCGGAGGAGAACUAUCUGCCCGUCUUCAACCCAGGGAAUCCCGCCAGAGCGCAGUUCGUGGGACUGAAGCCGAACACGGAGUACAGUAUCAGACUCGUCAGUAACCUGGGCUUGUGGCUCAGUGCAUCGCAGAAAACCAGGCCGGGACGUGUGGUCAAUUUGCGCCCUACAGACGUACAGGAUGAUUCCAUCACCCUGCAGUGGGACCCACCAGCAGAAGGAGACGUCACCUUCUAUGAAGUGUAUAUGUCCCCGGGGGACAGCAACGAGCCCGCGGAGGUGUCGGGAACCAGCCACACAUCGCAGUCCCUGACUGCAAGGACCGCGUACUUCUUCGAAGUUGUGUCUGUCUACGAUGGCCGGAAGAGCCUCCCCGUGACGCUGAUGGUGACGACCGGAGUAACCAAACCAGCACCUGCUCCUCCCCUUAAUAUCAUUGCGUUAGCUGUGGGCGUGGCACUGGGCGUGGUUGCAUUACUUCUCAUCAUUGCCCUUGUCAUCACAUGCCGAAAAUUUCGGCGACUGAAGGCUGACAUGAAUACCACUACAGGGUAUGAGACGGCGAUACGGGACAAACCGGCAGAGGUGCCAGGCCGGUCAAGCACCGAGGCUAGUCCGUAUGAAAAUGCUGCCAUCGCUGACAUGAUGGCUGACAAGAUACUGAGUGGAAAGAAGCAGAAUCCGACCCCUGUGCCCUUACUUCCGGUCUCAAGGUCAAAUCCAGCAGACGACUACGCAUAUGCCACUCCGGAAAUUUAGGACCGGAUCUUUCGCAGUCCUAUAGGAUGGACCUUUAAGAAUGAAAUAGAUGCAUCGCAGCAUGCACAGAGACUAAUCAUAUUCAUUUUUCUGAAUCCUUUUCCAUUGUGUGUACAUUUCUUUUUCAGAAAAUACUCAUAUCAUAUAGCCUUUUUCCGAAUAUACGUAUUUUGAAACUGAUCAUAACUUGCUUGUGACUUGUCAUAUCUUUGGGGCAUUGUAAAUAGUCUUGGCUGCAAGCCUGAUCACAUACAAGUGAUCCAUUUUGUUGGAUAAGUUGAUUUUGUUGGAUAACUUGAGGGAAAACUGAAAUUGAGUAAUACGUGUAUUGGCUUUUUGUCAGAAUCCGCAAUCUCUUUUCUGCACUUUUUAAAAAAUUCAAAGAAUACAUAUUAUGCUAGACAAUUCUGCUGAAGUUUCAUUAAUUUUACGUUAUGUUUUCGGAAAUGUGGUGUUGGCUUAAAUUAACGAAAACAAAUGAAUACUUGUUAGACGUAAUAGCUGGAUCAUAUAUUUUCACAAAGCGUUGAUUUGCGUUUAUUGCUGAUGAUGUCAAACAGAGAAUGUUUAAUUCCUUACGAAAUGCAGCACAGGCAAUGGCGUACCCAGGAUUCCGAGCACGGGGUGGGCAAGCGGGGGCUUCACGCCAAAGUGUGUGGGGGGGGGCUGACUGGAUGUUGGACAUAAUUUAUACAUGUACAUAAUCGUAAUCACAUGAUAUGCAAGUGGGGCGACGAUUUUUCAUGGGGGACAUACACCCCCAUCCCCCCUAGCUAUGCUGCUGAGCACAGGAAAGCCUCUUGAAAACAGGUAAAAUCGUUUAAUAAACAAUGCAGCACCGCUGAAAAUAGAUUCAGUAUUAUUCGGCUGCAUUGACGCAUUUUUCAAAUAAACACUGACUUACACAGAAAUUUUUGGUUUUUAAUUGCUACAGCCACAGUUUGAAUAGUGGAUCAUUACUUUUAUAGAGCUAUUCACAAAGUAACUUUCCUGUGCUUUCCAACCAAUAAUCCAGCUAGGAAUUAACACUGAUUUUUUAGAGUGUAUUUCAAGAAAAGCCGAAAUUUUAAACAGAACUUUACUCAUUUGUAUUACAUUCUGAAAAAAAAAUAAAUAUGCCAUAUUUGAUACCAUUAUUUUAUAAGAAAAUUUUAAAGAAAAAAUUCUCCUGACUUCAAUGAUACCAAUAAAACGUGGUCCUUGCCCGUGGA